AUGUCUCUGUUGUCCCACCGUUGUAAUACGAGUAGAUCGACGUCAUCUCCGAGUGAUCUUCUUCGGCGGAAGUCACGUCAUACGCGACAUAAGGCGACCGUCAACAUCAACGAGGUGUUGAGUGACGGGACCACUACCAAGCUACCGUGGACAUUGUUUCUUGGACCGAUUCCCGAAUGCCACGAGGAGGACGAUGGCUACACAACUGGUUUUUGCUACGGGCAUCAUCGAGGUUCACCGACACGCUCUAGGGUGUCGGGAAGUUCGGUCGAGAUGGGUACCACUCCCUCGCUGAAAGAGAUUAAACGUUCAUGUCGAGUGAGCAUACGUCAGUCAUUGCUGCUUUGCCUUCCCGAUCAGCUGGGGUGCCUACUGGUCUUCGAAGGCGGUCAGCCGUCACGGCAGUCGCAACCGAAUCAGCACCAGCGAAUGGUUGCCCUCUGCUGUUUCUGUCAGAAUGUAGUGGAAACAGGAGCAUUAACGGAAAAUGUGGUAUUUCGAUUGCGCAUUCCUAGACUGAACAAGAGAAAGAAAAACGUCACCAUAGAUCACUUGAAUAAACCAAAAUGUGUGAAUCUGAUAUCUAAAUCAGUGCAGAUGUUUUUACCCCAUUUAUUGCUGUGCUUAUUGCUGACGGGAAGUGCAAGAGCUAAAUGCUCCAUUUGUUCCUUGUUCUCUGACUACUAUGAUGAUGUGCCUUUGAUAAGGACUGCGGAGGGAUCGCACGACUCUGCUGAGAGAGUGCAGCAACGCGCAUACCAUUCGGACAGCUCAGCGCAAGAGGCGGCGAGGUCAUUUGGACGAUUCUCCGAUCUUACAUCUUCCCUGUUUGGAAAUUUGUUCAACCUCCUCAGUGAAAGGACCGGACAUGUUGCGUCGGACGAUGGGUCAAGUCCUCUUAAAGGAAGAGGAAGACUUGUUCCGACUGUUGAGAAAGCGGGGAAAGAAUCUAAGGAGAAGGUCGCCGAUCAAAUUUUCAACAUUUUCGACACUAUUGGCAGUGGUAUCAUUCAGAUGACACAUCUUGAAGGACCUCACAUCUGCACUAGAGAAAGCACAAAGAAAUGGCCGGCAGAUGGAAGCUCGUUAAGAUCAGAGAAAAGGUGCGAACGAUUCCGCGACGCGAACAAAUGUGUUGACAGAAGAACUGACUCGAAGGCGACUAUUGAGACCACUCGAGUUGAGGAGUGCUGUGAGGGCUACGAAACGAAGGAUAUAUUCAGACAUGGGUGUCCAAUCGAGUCUUCGCCGAUAACUCUGGAAGAUGCACUUCAAAACCUCAAUUCUUCGCUGUGGACACUCGCGAAAGGGGUGAAGAUAGAAAAAGAACUAGAGAAGAAUAGUAUAACCGUAUUCGUCAGCCCGGGAAGUGAAAGCAACGUAUCGGACGCGAAAUCUUACGUGCUGAACCGUGUGGUGCCAGGCACGUACCGUGCAUAUGAUUGGACUGAUGGAACGGUGCUAAAGACAGUUAGCGGUGGUGAACUCGUUGUCUCUCAAGCUGAUGAGACCUUUGGACCAGUCAAAAGCUAUGUGAACUGUGUUCCACUAGAAUCCACCAGCGUCCGCACCCAAAAUGGAGUCGUUCAUGUGCUGACUGGUGAUUUAACACCAGCGUCAGAGACUGUGGUCGAUGCAUUGAAAAGCGAUCCACGCUUUGAUUUGUUUGUUUCAGUGAUAUCUGGGGAUCUUCGUGAUUUGCUCUCAUCAAAUGAAUCUUUCACUGUGUUCGCACCCUCAAGGAAAGUCUUGUCGUCACUUUCCAAAUCUCUCUUUGAAGACAUCAGAGAAGGAAGAGGGUGUGCUUCAGAUUUUGCGAGGAGUCAUAUCGUCAAACGCUCAUUCUGCUCGUCACAGCUGCUCCACCGUCGACUGAGCUCCCUAGCAGGAGGUGAAAUUGACUCUCGGGCUCAGAUUAAAAAUGGUGAGCGUGUAAUCCAAAUAGGUCGUGCGCGACUCGUUGGUAAAGAGAUAUUUGCGAAGAAUGGAGUGGUACACGAGAUUGAUGAUAUCCUCUUCAGUGACGAGUUACUGUCAUGGAGAGAACAUCUGGAGGUACACAACCACGAACUGGCCAAGGUGAUGGAAGAAGUUGUGAAGAACUCCACUGAACCAGUCACAAUUUUCGUACCGCCUGGUAAUGAUACUUCACAGCUGAACAAAGAGCUCGCUAAAAACCACAUCGUCGUCGGAGAAGUCUUGGAAGAUUUUCAGCGGCCAUCAACGCUCACCACUGAGGCGGGUUCCGUGAUGUUCACCGGAUAUUCUCGCCAUACGUCUCCAGUUUGGAUGCGGAUCUCAGUGCAGCCAGAACAACGUCAACGUGGACAAAUUGCAUGUUCGAGCAUCACACAAGAAAGCAUCAAAGGCUGUCGAGCGAUUCUUCAGUUUAUUGACAAGCCAUUGCCAGUCAUCCGUGACAACUUCGAAACGUUCCUUGCAAAGCGGAGCGACUUGAGCAAGUUUUACAGACUUUGGCGUGAAAGCUCGCUCAAUGCCUCUAUGACUGAUGACAAACCGCUCACGGCUUUUAUACCCUCCGAUGACGCAUUCUCGAACAACGACUUCAAAAAAUUGGCGUCGAAUGAAAAACUGGCUGAGACUUUUGUGAGAAGACAUAUAGUUGAAGAGCCAUUGUGUAACUUUAAUCUACGUCGUAACUCCGGCGAAAUUCGCAUCCAAACUUAUGGGAAUUUGAAUGGAGAGGCACUAAAACCUACGCAGACCGACGGAGAAACCUUCAUUGAUGGAGCAAGAGUGGAGGAAUCCGAAAUUCUUCUCAGCAACGGCGUCGCUUAUGUUAUGGAUUCAAUUAUUGUUAGAAGUCACACGACAACACAUCCAGGAGCAAGCAGAAGAAGGGUCGCAAAUUUGUUGGAUAUUAUUUCUUAG